GCUACUGUGGGAAUCUAGCAAAGCAGAAUGGGUAAUGGCUGCUGAUACUUAUUCGAAUUGUGUACAACUGACCCAUAUGGGCUUACGUAUAGCUCUUCAGUAUUGUUGUUCCAGGUUUGCGCCAUCAAUUUUCAGGUUUUGCGGGUCGAUCCUGAAUGAUUCGGCGACAACCUCACUGGCACGCGACGUGUAACGUGUUACAUGUCAUGCUAGCGUCCUUGCAAGACACGCAGGAGCAUACAACGGUCUUGGGACUAAGAUGCAAACACACAGCAAGUAACUAACAAUAAAUCGAUAUACGAGUUUUACACACACGCGCGCCAUGGCUACCGAAGAAACCGUUCAACUCAACGAACCGCAUGCCCCUCAUCAACCCUCCAUCGACGCUAUCGACUCGAUUCUGGAGUCAAUCAAAGCGGAGUUAAUCAAGCUUCGACGUGACCAUGACAAACACGAGCCCGAGUACUUUCGCGCCGUCAAGGACCUCUCUGACGCCGACCUGACCUCUUUCUCGUCCAACGAUCUCGAAUCCGUCCGCGUUGCUAUCUCAGCAUACGGCAUUCAUAUGUUUGGGAAGAUCAGGUUACCUGCGGCUGAGGGCGCAUACAUCCACGUCCGUGUGUUUGGUGCAGCGAAGGACGGCACGGACGGCAGCAGUCUUGACGAGAGGGAGUAUAAUCUGCAUAGUAUCCAUACAGAGGAGGUGAUUAAGGAUGAUGGGGAUAGAGUUUAUAGGGCGAUAUUUGGGAAGGAUGAUGCCCUGGAAUGGUUUGACACAUAGAUGAUCUCGAGCUUGUAGGUUGAACUCUAUCGUGUAAGGUAGUUAUCAAGAGCCUCAAAUCUGCAUCGCUUCACAAUAUGAUUUUCU